CCAUAAACUGAAAAUAAUGAUAGUCAAAUUAAUAAAAUUUACAAAAAUAAUAUUGUUGGUGUUUGAUACACAUAUGUAUAUAAAUUGGGUGAAUGUGUGAAUGAGGUGGAGAGUGAAAUAUCAAUGUGUGUGUGUAUAAAGAGAGAGAAAGAGAGAGAAAGAUAGAUAGUACAAGCAAUGAAGGAAGUGAGGGAUGGAGGGAAAACUAUCAAGAACUGGCCCCUGAUAAAUCUAUAUACAUAUAUACAGAGAGGCCGACAUUACAUAUUCACAUCCAUAUGGAUGACGUUUUUUUUUCUUUUCUUGGCUCUCAUGUGUUUUAUAUAUGUGAGUUGUGAUGUGUAGAACAUCAAUAUCAACGUAACACGAUAGCUAGAUCGGCCAGUAGGCUCGCCGUCAGUGAAUACGUCAAUUCAUAUUAAAUACUCUCGCCUAAAGGAAAUCAAAAAUUAAAUACACUGGUAGAAUUAUAUUCAAUAAACAAUAUAUCGUGUGGAAUAUGAUUAAAAUUGAUCAAAGUAGGCCAUACAGAAAAUAAAACUUCAAUGUAAACUUGUUUAGUGUUUAAAGUACAUCUAGAAACAUCACCGACAGUACUAAAUACCAUUUGUUGUAACAUCAACUUGUUAUUUUCAUCAAAAUUCAUAUCUUUUACUUGAUUUUAUUGAUCAGUAUUAUUCAAUCCUAACAUUUUUGACGUAUUAUUUGGAAAUACUGCAUCAUACGAAUUAUAAUAACAUUUUUGUAGAUGUUCAGUGUAUAUUAUUAUAAGCAUCAAUAGAAGGAAUAAUAAUAACAGAAAAUGAUAAUGAGUGGAGUUGAGAAAAUGUGUAUAAUAUUGAGAUUAUUGAAUUAAUUUGAACAAAUAAAUAAUUUGAAUAUAUUAUAAACAUUAGUGUGAAGGUAAAAAUGUCCAGUAGUGUAUGCCAUGCUCCUCUAUCCACUCCAAGAAUGGAAAGUGUACUUAGCACCACUUCAAGGUUAUGCCUAAGGGCUGCCAUGGAUCAAUAUGAUACUCUUUUACAAAGCCCACGAUUUAACAAGCCAGUAAAAGGUAGUAAUUUGAAUCAAUCGGAAAGAGUGAACAAAGAUGAGUUUAAGUUCCAAACAAAGCAAAUAAUGACACAAGCAUCGAUGAAAAAUAGUAGUCCGAAAGAAGAGUUGAAAAAUUUGAAAAGCAAAGAUACUGCUGGUAAAACCUACUCUGUAUUCCGUCAAUUGGGGAAUAGACGAAAAAAUGAACAUGCUGACACGGACAAAAUCGUAGACCAGGUUAACCUCAUCAGCAAAGGCCUACCAGCGUCUAAUUCUGAAUUACCAUUAUUCUCUUCUUCAGUUUUACAUUCAGCAUCUGAUCCAAACUACUAUUCAAAAAUAAAUCACUUUCCUCACAUACUAUCUGACACUACGAUGCCUGAAGAAGAUAUUUCACUCAAAUUUCUCGCUUUGAAUGCCCUUGAUUUAACUGCUCCAGCAAGUGAUAUUUUGUUAAGAAAUCGUUUGAAAUCUUGGUUUCAACUAUCUGGACAUCCUGAUGGUUUUGCACCAGCAGGCCCGGGAACAGUUUGGAAACGUCAUACAGGUGGAAGUGAAAACACAGAACGUGCUGUUUAUGAAACACUUUCACAAGAUUGCCUCAUACGCGACUUUAUUCCUAAGUAUUAUCGCGAAGUAGAAUACAAAGGCGAUAAAUUUAUUGAACUACAAGACUUACUUUUUGGCUUUAAUGAUCCUUACGUGAUGGAUAUCAAGCUUGGUACCAGAACAUUUCUCGAAUCUGAAGUAUCUAAAACAACAGCACGAACAGAUCUAUAUGAAAAGAUGAUUGCUAUUGAUCCUAAUGCACCAACUGAUUGGGAACAUGAACAUAAGGCUGUUACAAAGCUUCGAUAUAUGCAGUUUAGGGAGCAACAGAGUUCGACUUGUAGUCAUGGAUUUAGAAUUGAAGCGAUGAAAUUAGCGGGUCAACCACCGAUAAAAGAUCUACAGAAAGUUAAAGAUCAUCAAGAAGUUACUGCAACUAUGAAAUGUUUUUUCAGCAAACAUAAAGCCAAAUGUGAAAAAUUAUUAGAGAAACUAAAAGAGUUACGUUCACGAAUUGAGAUGUCUCACUACUUUCAAACUCAUGAAGUUAUUGGGAGCAGCAUCUUCAUGAUUUACGAUAAUGAAAAAGUUGGAGUCUGGCUCAUCGACUUUGCUAAGAUGUAUAAAGUUCCAGAAGGAAAACGAUUGACUCAUCGACUUCCAUGGAAACAGGGAAACCAUGAAGAAGGCCUUCUUUUCGGUUUAGAUAAUCUUAUAUCAACAAUUGAACAAGUUCAAGCAUUUUACUAAAUUUUAUAUAAAUGAUAACUAAGCCGAGGUACAAUCAAAGACUACAGCACAGAUUUUAUACUUUUCAUAUUAUUUAUUACAUUUUUACGUCGUUCUUUGUAUAUUACCUUUCAUUCAUAACUCUGUUUAUCACUGUCAUUGUUAAGCAUAAAUGCGCACUGUUUAUUGAGUGCCUUACUCAUACAUAAUGUAUGAAAUUAAAUUUCUGUUAUUAUAAUUUUUAUCUCACAAUAGAUGAGGAAGAUUAUUAAGUCUUAUAAAAAAUCUAAGAUUGAUUUAUUACAGGUAAUUUAUAUAAUAAUUG